AUGGAAGCUGUGCUUGGAUUGAUAGUGAUGUUGCUGGGAUUGUCUCAUGGUGUGGAAACUUACUGUGAUGGCAGACAGGAUGGAGCUCAGUGUUAUGGAGCUUUGGGAGGAAGUGUGGAGAUCAAGCUGAUGAACAGCACCUCAAAAAUACCUCGAUACCAACUGUUAAAGAAUUCAUUAAAAAUACUAGAUGUGAGAAAGAAAAAGAUUCUUUCUAAUAUCAUACAAAAUAGGUCUCUCUUUUUUCCCAGUAAUGGAACAUUUAGGCUCAAUUACCUGAGCAGGAAUGACAGUGGUAAUUAUAGCCUUAUAACAUUUAAUUCAGAUGGAAAAGCAUCAGACGAGCAGACUCUACACUUGUUUGUUCAAGCUCCUGUGUCCUCUGUCCUGCUGGUCUCUGAGUGUCUGUCCCAGGGAGAGAGGAGGGUGUCCUGCUCCUCUGAGGGAGGGGACAGUCCUCAGUACAGCUGGACUCUGGAUGGACGCACACUGACAGAUGCUGAGCUCCUUUCUGUAAAUAAUGAGACUAACAUCAUCAUUCUGAAACAGCACGUCUCAGGACGUCUGGUCUGCUCAGUGAGGAACAACGUCAGUGAUGCCUUCAAAGUACAGAAGAUAUCUACCUGUGGUGUGGGAACUUACUGUGAUGGCAGACAGGAUGGAGCUCAGUGUUAUGGAGCUUUGGGAGGAAGUGUGGAGAUCAAGCUGAUGAACAGCACCUCAAAAAUACCUCGAUACCAUUUGUUAAAGAAUUCAUUAAAAAUACUAGAUGUGAGAAAGAAAAAGAUUCUUUCUAAUAUCAUAGAACAUAAAUUUCUCUUUUUUCCCAGUAAUGGAACAUUUAGGCUCAAUUAUCUGAGCAGGACAGACAGUGGUAAUUAUAGCCUAAAAACCUUUGAUUCGGAUGGAAAAGCAUCAGACGAGCAGACUCUACACUUGUUUGUUCAAGCUCCUGUGUCCUCUGUCCUGCUGGUCUCUGAGUGUCUGUCCCAGGAAGAGAGGAGGGUGUCCUGCUCCUCUGAGGGAGGGGACAGUCCUCAGUACAGCUGGACUCUGGAUGGACGCACACUGACAGAUGCUGAGCUCCUUUCUGGAAAUAAUGAGACUAACGUUAUCACUCUGAAACAGCACGUCUCAGGACGUCUGGUCUGCUCAGUCAGGAACAACGUCACUAACGUUUUCAUAGAACACAGGAUGUCUACCUGUGCUCCAUCAGUGGGAUACAGACAUCAGGAUAAGUCCUUGCUUAUAUGCGGUUUGCGAGCAGUUGUGGUAAUUCUCUUGCUAAUUGGGAUUUACAUCUACUUCGCUUGGAAAAAAAAGAAACAUGCCAAAGCUGAAGUCUCUGCUGUCCCACAAACAAGAGGAGAUCCAGAAGACUCUGUUCUGAUGGUUGAAAUGAGUUCUGCAACUUACACCAACACCUAGUGUCACCUUUUACUUGCUGUUGUUUUUGUCAUUGGUUCACAAGCAUGAAAAUAACAUUUAGAGAGAAAUUCUUGUUUCACAGACAGCUCAUAUUGAAUUAUGAUGAGAAGCUCUGUGGUUUCUGGGUUUUACAUUUUUAAUACAAAUCUUUACAAUUCUUAAACAAUAAAGUCUUGAAUUAAGUUU